UGUGCGCGAAGCUUUAGUAGUUUAGUCCAAACUCCCAAGUCCCGACUUCGACUACGCUCCGAGAUCCGUGCACGCUUUUUGCAUUUUGCCUGAUGCACACGCCACGCAGCACACGCUGACGCGACGAUUAUUGAGAGUUAUGCGCUAGAUUUCCCCCGGUUACGCAUUAUCACUGUCGACAAAUAUGAAUACUGCCGAGAACGAGGCGACGAGAACGGUGGUGUAUGAGUCCUCCAUCAGGAACGUGAUCGAGCAACGUUCCUUACGAUGGAUAUUCGUGGGCGGCAAAGGCGGAGUCGGGAAGACAACUUGCAGUUGUUCCCUGGCGGUACAGCUGUCCAAAGUUAGAGAGAGCGUACUUAUUAUAUCCACAGAUCCAGCGCACAAUAUCUCUGAUGCAUUUGAUCAGAAAUUUAGCAAAGUACCUACUAAGGUGAAAGAUUUUGACAAUUUGUUUGCAAUGGAGAUCGAUCCUAAUGUUGGUAUUACAGAAUUACCAGAGGAAUAUUUUGACAGUGAAGCAGUUUCAGGAGGAGAAGCGAUGAGAUUGAGCAAAAAUGUUAUGCAAGAAAUUGUCGGUGCAUUUCCUGGUAUAGAUGAGGCAAUGAGCUAUGCGGAAGUUAUGAAGCUAGUAAAAGGAAUGAACUUCUCUGUUGUGGUGUUUGAUACUGCACCUACUGGGCACACAUUGAGGCUACUAUCGUUUCCACAAGUGGUUGAAAAAGGAUUGGGAAAAUUAAUGCGUUUAAAAAUGAAGAUUAGUCCUUUCAUCACACAGGUUAGAAUUAAUCCAUGUUAUUAUUUCACCUAAAAUUAAUACAUUUUAACAUUAGGUAUA